UGCCGUAGCCAGGGACAAAAAUAAUCUGUCAUUGGCUAUAAUGUAACUGAUGAUCAAAGCAGUUUUGUUGCCAUUCAGUGAAGUAUGGAGACCGGCGAGCAAGUUGUCCCCUCUAGCGUUUCCAAGGCAGACAUCCGGCAAAACAUUUGGGACCACAUGGAAGCAAACAACUUGGCAGAUUUCCCAAGACCCGUCCACCACCGGAUCCCCAAUUUCAAGGGUGCUGCUUCUGCCUCUGCAAGGCUUCCAGAGUUGGGGGAGUUCCAAAAGGCCCAGGUGGUUAAAGUCAACCCCGAUGCUCCCCAGAAGAAUGCCCGCUUUUUAACCUUGGAAGCAAGGAAAACCCUUUUGGUGCCAACGCCACGCUUGCGAAGCGGAUUGUUCAACAGGAUUGUCCCUCCUCCUGGAGCAACCAAAGAAAUGUUAAGAAAAUGUGCCACCUCACAGGGAGUCAGGGAUUACAGUGUACCCAUAGGGCUGGAUGCAAAGGUACAGGUAGACCUGGUGGUUGUUGGGUCUGUAGCUGUUUCUGAAAAAGGUUGGCGCAUUGGGAAAGGCGAAGGCUAUGCUGACAUGGAAUACGCCAUGAUGGUCUCCAUGGGGGCUGUGAAAGAGGACACGGUGGUUGUCACGGCUGUUCACGAUUGUCAGGUGGUGGACAUCCCCGAAGCCCUCCUGGCUGACCACGACCUCACUGUGGACUAUAUCCUGACCCCAACAAGAAUUAUCAAGACGGGUUGCAAGCGUCCCAAACCUCAGGGGAUCCUAUGGCACAAGAUCAGCCCUGAAACACUUGCCAAGAUCCCCAUCCUGAAGAACCUCCACCACAGAGAGAAGCAGGAAGGCAAGGAGGUGACCCUCAAAGAGGAAAAGCCCAGGAGUCCUACUAGAGUCCAAGCAGCCAAACUGGAAAGUGCCAGAUUGCAAAGGAAAACCCAACAGAUGUUGGAGAGAUCUUUGCCUGACAAAGUGGACCGGAAAAGGUCUGGUUUUGCCACUGUCUACGUGGGCAACAUCUCUGAUGGGAUCCGUGUGAGCGAGUUGAAGGAGGUUCUCAGAGAACGCCAUGCGUUGCCCAUGCGGCUCACCUGGCAAGGCGGGAGGCACCAAGCGUUCCUCACCUAUAAUGAUCAAUGCACAGCAGAUGCUGCCAUUGAAGCUCUCCAAGGGUUGAGCUUGAGAGGCCACCCACUUCGGACUGAACCGGCAAGGAACCAGUCCUAGCUGAAUGACCCACAGAACCUCCAUGAAGCCAGGAACAGGACAGAUGAAAUGUUCAUUCUUGAGUGCCUAAGAAAAUAAAAACCGUAGCCAAGGAGGA